AUGGCGGCUCAGCACACGCUCCUCACGGCUCUGCCAUCUGAGGUCCUGCAGAGCAUCAUCGCCCGCCUUCCGGACCCCGCCAACUUUGCCAGCACCAGCAGCGGCAGCCUGCAGCUGUGCUGCAGGUUUGACGUUGAUUGGUUCCGGGCGCAGCACCCGGUCGCGGCGCCCGGGCGGCCGUGGCAGUAUGCAGCGGUGACAUGGCGAAGACUGAAGUAUCAGACAGCAGAGGGCAUGGCGAUGUGGAUGCUGCGCUAUGCCCGAUAUUGGCAGCAGCAGCUGCAGGAGCAGCAGCAGGAGCAGGGGCGGCAUGGUGCAGCACCGGACGUCGCGGCCGGGGAGCGCCUGCUGGCGGACCGCGACGCGGUGGGAGCGCUGCUGGCGCUGUGCCGGCGCAUGGCGCCGCUGCUGCUCCUGCCCUACGCGGCUCAGGGAGGCGUCGCGGCGCUGCUGCAGCCGCUGGCCCUGCGCCGCCUGCUGUGCCCGGCCGCCGGCUUUGAUCUGGGGGGCGGCACGCGGCCUGUGACUCAGCGGGCCCACGUUGUGGCGGCUGCCAAGUCGGCCAUGCUGGCCGGCCGGUGGGCGCACGCCAUGGCCGUCUUCCGCGCGUUGAACGGCGGCUCAUGGGACGCCACGGGGGCUGUGUCGGCAGACCUGCAGACCUUUGCCGUCCGCCGCUGCCGGGCCAGCGUGGUGCAAAGGGCGCUGGAGGGAGGGCUGGUGUGCGAGCCCGAGGCCCUGUGCCAGGCGUUCCGCGAGCGUGUGGCCGGCGGCGACGCGGUGGAGGUCUUUGUCCUGUGCCAUGGACAUGUUCGCAGCGAACGCUAUGAAUUCUUGCUGGACGGCGAGGACACGCCCAGCGCCCGCCAUGCGGCGACCGUCGAUGCGGGCUGGGGAGCCGCCUUGCAGCUGUGCCUGUUGGGCACGCCGUCAGGCCCUCGGCCGGCGCUCUGCGAGCCGGGGGUGCAGGAGCAGCUGCUGAUGAUGGUCACUGAGCAUGCUGACCACCGCGUAUCCCGGGUGGGGCACCUCGUCGCCGCCGCAGCCAAGAUGGCGGCGACGCUGUCAGACGGGCAGCUGCACCGCCAGGUGCUGCGCGGGGCGUGCUUCGCGCUGAUCAUGGCUGGCGAGAGCUGCAAUCUGCCCCGGGCCCUGGCAGACGCCAUCUGCCGCCUCGCGGGGAACGACGGCGCUGGUUAUGACUGCUGGGCAGCUCCUUUCUUUUUGGAAUCCGUCCUCCCGCCGCUGGCGCCCGCGGCGCUGUUUGCUGCUCUCGACGAGAUCUGGGCGGAGGCGCACGGGCGGGGAAUGGCGGUGGAAGUCCUGCAGGCAGUGGUCGCGGCCCUGGACCCUCCCCCCGAGCCCGCCCCGAAGCAUGUGGUGUUGCCGGCCGCCGGCCGCGCCUGGCUGGUGCCCCGCCUGGCUUGCGCCGGCUUGCAGCUGGGCGCGCACUGCGGCCGGCCCAACCGGCAUGCACUGGGCAGGCAGCUGGCGGGAUGCUGGUUUGGCCUGGGUGCAGCGGGGGGUGAGGAAGAGGCAGAGGACAUGGCUCACGCUUACAUUGCCGCCGAGCACAAGAAGUUUGGCUGGGGCACGCAGGACCUGCAGGCUCAGCGGCUGCAGCUUGCUGUGGUGCGUGCGGUGCGGCGCGGCACCGCGCUGGACGUGGAGCGCGCGCUCGGCGAACAAUGGGCUGUGCAGAGCCAGGUGCUGGCCGAGCUGCAGGCGGCGGCGCUGGCGGUGCUGGCGGGUGUGGACGCGCUUGGCCAGGCGAGGGCCAAGGUCACCAGCCCUGCAUACCAGGCCUGGGUGGCCGAGCUGACCCUGGUGCAGGACUACAUCAACUAUGCGGCGACCAGCGCAGCCGAGGCGGGGCGCUUCAACCACAUGAUGACGGUUCUCGACAGCCCGCAGGCGCGGCAUCUAGCCGUCCGUGGCGAGGCUGUGCCCGUAAGAGCGUGGGGCUCGUUCGAGGGGCGGCCGAGUGCUGCCUUGAGUGCGAUGCUCGGCGCCAUCCGCAGCGGCAACCUCCUGGACGUGUCAUGGCGGAGCCUGGGGGUGACGACCCACGACCUCUACACCUGGCCGUUGGCCAUACCACAAUGCGGGCCCGGGAUCGGGUGGGGCGACAGCCUGCACGCGCUGCUCGGCGGCCGCGUGUGCGGCGGCGCCCGCGUGCGGCCGCCGGCCGAGGGCGAGGACACCUUUGCGCCGCUGCGGCGCGUCGUUUCUGUGUGGUGUGAGGACGACUGCGCGCUCGACAUGGUCAUCGGUUUGUGUUGGGACGACCCCUCCCUUUCUGUGCGGCUGGAGGAUGGGGAGCUCAUGGCCUGGCUAGAGGCCGAGGGCCACCCACGCGCAUGGGCGGGGCGCGUGACGGGUAAGGUCGCACGCCACCUGCUGAGCUGCGCGGGCGGCGCGGACGCCCUGCGAGCGGCGGCCAGCUGGCUAUCGGUUGCGCAGUGGGACCAAUGA